AGAGCUAAAACUUCGGGGAUCAAGCCCCAAAAAAGAAUAGACAUCAAGAGCAAGCCUAAGUGCCUUGGAAGGUGCUAGAAAGGUCAUGGAAGAUCCUACAGCUCCCUCCGACGCCCACGGGGAUGACGGUGCCAAGGCAGGUGCAGAGGGGGAGGGGCAGAGUGUGUCUCCCCCUCACUCGGGACUUUCGGCCUCCGGCCAAUCUGAGGCAGCAAUCUCGACCUGUUUGAACAUGGCAGCCGGCCCUGCACCCUUCCCUGUGGCUGUGAGUCCUGUCCAACCUCUCUCAAGUCGCUCCCGGCCUGCCCAGCCCUCAGGGGGUGGGGCCCGGCCCAAUCCUCUGCAGGAGCGGAGCAGUGGCAGCUGGAUCAACCAAAUCCUCUGCAGGUAUUAUCUGCAUGAGCAGUGCAAGGAGGGGGAGAACUGCUGCUACUCCCAUGACCUUGCUAAGCGGCAGAUAGCCAGGGAGCGCCAGGGUUUGCCACCUCAUACCUCUGCAGAGAAAGAACCCAGUGUGGUUGAGCAGAGUGAGCCCCCAACUCAGGAAGAGCCAAAAUCCCCUCCUGCUGCCUCCUCAAGCUCCUUGCCUCUGAUUGGCUCAGCUGCUGAAAGGGGUUUCUUUGAAGCUGAGACAGAUAAUGCAGGACUUGAAGCUGCUGGAGGAGGAGCAGAUGCAGAAGGUGGAGUGGGUGCUAUUGAGUUUGUUCCUCAGCGGCGCUACCAAGAUUGCAUGGCCCUUGCACAGGCUCCCCCAGUUCUUCCACCCCCAGUUCUUCCA